UUUAUCACUUACAACAUAAAAUAUAAUUUACAGACUGCUCAAAUAGGAGCUGUCAGGUCUUUGCAUGUAGGAACAGUGCGUCUACAAGAAUCUGUAUGUAUCAAAUUAUCCUUCAGAAACAUUUAUCACAUGAAUGAUAUAAACUAUAUUUUCUUUUAGACCGUUGAACAAGAAGGAAAAGUAAAAUGUACCCUUAUACCAGGAGAUGGUGUAGGACCAGAAUUAGUAGUUUCUGUCCAAAAUGUUUUCAAAGCUGCAAGUGUACCGGUUGAUUUUGAACCUUAUUUUCUCUCAGAAGUAAAUCCAACUCUGAGUGCACCUCUUGAACAAGUAUCCAAUAGUAUUGCAAGAAAUCGAGUAUGUUUAAAGGGUAUUUUAGCAACACCAGAUCAUUCUUCAACUGGAGAACUUCAGACAUUAAAUAUGAAACUACGUAAAAGUUUAGAUUUAUAUUCAAAUGUUGUACAUGUAAAGUCUUUACCUGGUGUUAAAUGCCGCCAUAAGAAUGUAGAUUGUGUCAUUAUUAGAGAACAAACUGAAGGAGAAUACUCUGCAUUGGAACAUGAAUCUGUAAAAGGUGUAGUGGAAUGUUUAAAAAUAGUAACUGCAGCUAAAAGUCAAAGAAUUGCAAAGUUUGCAUUUGAUUAUGCAGUGAAACAUAAUCGUAAAAAAGUCACUUGCGUUCACAAAGCUAACAUCAUGAAACUUGGUGAUGGUCUUUUCUUAAAAUCAUGUCAAGAAAUUGCUAAAAUGUAUCCUAGAAUUACAUUUGAAACAAUGAUUGUGGAUAAUUGUACAAUGCAAAUGGUAUCUAAUCCACAUCAAUUUGAUGUAAUGGUAUUACCAAAUUUAUAUGGUAACAUUUUGGAUAAUCUGGCAUCUGGAUUAGUUGGUGGUGCUGGAGUAGUUGCAGGUGCUAGUUAUAGCCCUGAAUGUGUUGUCUUUGAACCGGGUGCAAGACAUACAUAUUCAGAAGCUGUUGGUAAAAACGUUGCAAAUCCUACAGCUAUGCUUUUGUGUGCUGUAAAACUUUUACGUCAUGUUAAUUUAAAACGUUAUAGUGAACAAAUCAGAGAUGCAUUAAAUCGUGUUCUAAAUGAUGGAAAAGUAUUAACAAAAGAUUUAGGUGGACAAAGUUCUACAACGGAAUUUACAACUGCUGUAAUACACUGCCUUCGUUAAUUUUGAAUAUAUAUUGAUUUUAAGAAGACUUAUGUAAAAUAGACUCGCAUAGAAUAGGAGCAUUAUGCUCAUUUCAUGUUAUGCCA